UUUACCACUACAGCUACCGUUCAGCGACGUCGGCGACAAGUUUCGGAAAGCGGCAGCAGCGGCGACCACGACGUUGAGAGCUAAACGUGAAGAAGAAAAGAAGCACACGCACAGGCAGUGGCACAAGAGUCUCUCGUUUUUCCUUGUUGGUGUCUCGGUUUUUGGGUUUUUCAGUUUUUCUGUUCCAAAACCACUUCCCAGCGGGAAGUAAAAAAAAUCUUCUUUUCAUCCAAACACAACGAGUUGCCAUUUACGCGUCAGGAUAAGAGAAGCGGCGCUCCGCGUUCCAUCUACAUCCAGCUCCCUGUGUCGCUACCCGGCGCUUUGCAGGAAUACGCUUUUUACCUACCCCCGGGACGGGUGUGACGGGACCAUAAGACGAGAGACCACCACCACCACCACCAGCAAGAAACGAUCAGCUUUCCCUUAAAGCCAGUGUGUGGCAAACGCGGUGCAGGAACCAGUGCAAGAAAUUACGGAAGGAGCGAUUUCCCCGUAGAUAAGGUGGACAUUAUCGGAGUGGACCCACCGCCACCACUUUUACAUAGAGUAGCAGGUGUAUAGUCAUAAUAUCAAGGAGUCAAAUCAGCUACAUGUUUCAUGGUGUAUGAGCGAGGUGUGCGUUGAGAAAGGACGCAAUAGUUUCACACACGCACGCACGCACACACUCGAUCGGCGAGACGGCGGAACAGCAUCAGCAGCGCGCUUCCGGAUCAGCCUUGUGUCGCGUGUGCUGCUGCAGAGCGAGUGUGUCGGUUAUACGUGGAGGGUUGUGCGUCGCCGUCCCGUUCAGUCGUGCUCUCCAGUGCUCUACGGCCGGUGGCCAGCACCUGUGAUAUUGCCCUUACUGUCCUUACGGCGGCAACCUGGAGCAGUCGCAGGAGCAGUGUAAAACCAUGUUCUAUCCGCUGCAAACCCAAUUCGAUGAUGGUGUAAUCGAGCUAACUCGUUCCGAAAUGCUACAGCAGGAUCCGCUAGCAGACAAUAAGCAUUUCGUGGUAUCGCUGUCCCUGGGCAAUACGCUAAUCAAUCUCAACAAAAUCAAGUGUCCACAAUGCCGGAAGCGUUUUGAUACGAUGGAAGAGAUGGAACAGCACCGGACCAAACAUUUGACGGAGAACAAGUUUAAAUGCGAGAUUUGUAGUAAAGAAUUUCCCAGCCAUAGUUCCAUGUGGAAGCACACCAAGGCGCACACCGGUGAACGUCCUUUCGUGUGUCAGAUAUGCAACAAAGGCUUCACUCAGCUGGCCAACCUUCAGCGACAUGAUCUCGUCCACAAUGGACUAAAGCCGUUCAAGUGUCCAAUUUGUGAAAAAUGUUUCACGCAGCAAGCUAACAUGCUAAAACAUCAACUCCUACAUACCGGACUUAAACCAUACAAAUGUCCCGUGUGCGAGAAAGCAUUUUCGCAACAUGCAAACAUGGUCAAACAUCAAAUGCUUCAUACAGGUUUGAAGCCUUACAAGUGUCCCGUUUGCGAAAAAGCAUUUACGCAACACGCCAACAUGAUCAAGCAUCAAAUGUUACAUACCGGUCUUAAACCAUACAAAUGUCCUGUUUGUGAGAAGGCCUUCACUCAACAGGCUAACAUGGUGAAACAUCAAAUGUUGCACACCGGCGUAAAACCGUACAAAUGUUCCACUUGUGGAAAGGCAUUUGCUCAGCAGGCCAACAUGGUUAAACACGAGAUGCUUCAUACCGGUAUUAAACCGUACAAGUGUCCCACCUGUGACAAAGCAUUUGCCCAGCAAGCAAACAUGAUGAAACAUCAAAUGUUGCAUACGGGCCUAAAACCGUACAAGUGUGGUACAUGUGACAAAGCGUUUGCCCAGCAGGCCAAUAUGGUCAAACAUCAGAUGCUCCAUACCGGUAUAAAACCGUACAAAUGCAAUACCUGUGGCAAGGCAUUCGCACAGCAGGCCAACAUGGUUAAACACGAGAUGCUUCAUACCGGAAUAAAACCUUACAAAUGUUCGGUUUGCGAUAAAGCCUUUGCCCAGCAGGCCAACAUGGUUAAACAUCAGAUGCUCCACAGCGGAAUCAAACCGUACAAAUGUCCAACUUGCGAUAAAGCAUUUGCUCAACAGGCAAACAUGGUUAAGCAUCAGAUGCUCCAUACGGGGGAAAAACCAUUCAAAUGCAAAAGCUGUGAUAAGGCUUUCUCACAAAAUGCCAAUCUGAAAAAGCACGAAAUGGUACAUCUCGGCAUACGGCCACACACCUGCCCGCUGUGUCCGAAGUCCUAUUCGCAGUAUUCAAAUUUGAAGAAACAUUUGCUGAGCCAUCAGAAGCAAGCGAUUAAGCAGGAGCAACAAAACGGUCAGGUGAUGGCCAUUCUCUACAGCUGCCAGACGUGCAAGAUGCAGUUUGAGGAUAUCAUCGAGUUUGAGCGCCACACCAGACACUGUGGCAUUAACAGCGUACAGCAACACAGUGUCAAAUUGGAAAACAUUAAGAGCGAGGUAGACAUCGACGGUAGCUCGAAUUCGGGUAUGCAGCAACAUAUUUCCACCACCAAUGGCGGUGCAGCAAAUGGUGGAAACGGUAUCAGUGUUAGUCAAUCGCAACCACCAACUCCGAUGCAUAUUCCGUCAGCCAUCCUUACCUCAGUCAUCUCUUCGUCGGUUGGUUCUAACGUAACCCCGCACAACCUAGCACCCACGGCCCAUUCGCAUCACGGGCAUGUGACAACAAACGGAAUACUAUCCGGUAUUCCGACCGGCCAUCCACACGCUCAACAACAACACUCCCCACCAAGUGUCGGUCUUCCUCAGCAUCCUUCCGCUCACGCACAACAACAGCAGCAGCAACAGCAGCAACAACAGCAGCAACAGCAGCAGCAACAACAACAGGCACACCAGCAGCAACAACAGCAGGGACAUCCACAACAGCAGCAACUUUCACCACUCAGUAGCCACCAGCAGCAUCUAAUACUGCAGCAGCAGCACAACCUUCCGAUCCAUCUACAGCAGCAGCUAUCGCACCAUCUGAUUAGUUCACACCUGCCUCAUCCGCAGGAUCACGGUGCGUCCGGCGACCUUCACCAUCAGGUGAACUUCCACCAUCCGCACAUCUCGCACCUGCCGAACAUAUCGCACAAGAUCCUUUCACCGCUGUUUCACAUUCCGCCGUUCAACAACAAUCACAGCACAUAAUGGAACGCUUGCAAGGGACCCACGAUACGGCCGCCGUCGGCGUCGGUUGUCGUUGAUUCGGCAACCACCCCUGCGCCGGCCGGUGUGUCCCUUCUACCGAGCUCGUCGAUGAUGCUACCAUUUGUCGUGAAAGCGGAAAAGCCGGACGAAGAGAACGGUGGUGUUGGUGGUGAAGCUGUUUGCGGUAAGUAAACUGUCUGCAUUCGAUUUUCAAUACUAUCCGUAAGGGAAAAGGUCACUCGCGGAGCAUGGCCUCGAUAUAGUUGCUCGAGAGAAGGGUUUUUGGCAGCUCAGUGUGGUAACUCGCUUCAGAAUAACAUAGAUAUGUAACACUGAGAAACUGUACAAGCGAAUUUCACGCUGUAUUAUAUCUUCUCUGCCCAGUUUGUUUGUCAGCGUUACAAAUCAAUAUUUUGAGGAAUUAAUUGUUCUGGAUAGAGUUACCGUAGGAAAACACACACACGUAAGGAAAGCAUAAAUUGCCGAUACAAUAGGAGCGGGACUCCAAGAGAAGACGUUCUUUAAUACUCAGGAGGAAAUCAAGGAGGGACAAACGGAAACUAGUGAGGAAGGAUACCCGUGGGCCCCUCUCACUUUCCGCAUUCCAUCAGAUUAUUGAUGGUAAUGAUGUGCUGUUUUAAUUUUAUACAUCAUCGUUAUUAGUUAACAAUUGUAAUUUACCAUAUUAUUCAUGGUAAUGUUUUAGAGAUAGGUUUCUUUUGCCGUGCGCUGUCGUAGCAUGCAAAAUUAUUUUACUAAGUCACGAACCUCGUAUGAUCAGAACGCGUACCAAUACGCGUAGGGUUGGAAAGAAUGAAAUGGAAUCUAAAUCCAACACUCUUAAUAUUGUGGAGCAACAAAAUGAAAUCGGCUUUUGAAGGAUAUGUAUACAUAUGCGCACAUGGACACACACAUAUAUAUAUUAGCUAACGUAGUAUCGUGUAAUAUAGUCAUACAACAGAAAAUUGCAGCAGUUAAGGUUCCGGAAUGUCGAAUUGUGUGUAUAGUUUUAAAACAUGCUUUUUAAACUUGCAUGUUACGCUUUUCUCUCUGGCUCCCGUAGAUGUGUGUGUGUGUGUUUGUAUUUUGUAAGAGCACACCAAGGACUGUGGUGGCGGUGGUCCCAAACCGUGAAUUACAAAUAAGUAGCAAGUAGUUUUGACGCCAUAGACGCGUAACAGUGAUAUAAAGGAUGCGAGUAGAUGGGAGGUCUUCAAUACGAUGGAAAGACUGCACAAGCGUUCGUUAAUAAGAGACCAGAUAGACAGGAGAAAAGAAGCAGAGAAAGAGAGGUAGAGAGAGAGAUUAGAGACGAAAUAUGAAACAAAAAGUGUGAUAGAACCUGAUGUUGUGUGUGUGUGUGUGAAGGAUGUUCGCUAAAAAGAUCUGCAGAUCAGUAGUGAGGUGUGCCACAGUUUUUAAACAAUGUUUUUCGCCCUUUUCAUUCGUUCUACUCUCAACAUCAUUAUAUCAUCCUCUCAGGGUGGAGCUGUAAAAUUUAUGAAACGAAUUUAGGUUCGAAAAAUAGGAGAAAACACAUUCAAGCAAGAUACAAUAUUUUAUGUACUACGACUGAGAGGAUGUCGUACAACAGUUGUGAUAUAUAUUACCAUAUGAAAUGUGAACAUAUUUUUACCUCGGCCUAGAAUCAGCCACCUUACGAUCGUUUCGUUGGAACUGGUUAACAAAAUUAUUUUCUCUUGCUUUACGAAUCCAUAUCCGUUGUAUUUGGUUGAAUGGCAAAUUAGAGAGAAGAAUGGAUUGUUAUGGUGAUGCAACGUGUGCAUACGUUGAGGAGCAGCUAACUACUAGCUCAAAGGAAGACUUAAUACAAGAAAGAUAUGUGUGAUAACAUUAGUUGGCCUAGGGGUUGAUAAUGAUAAGCAUCUGAUUUUGCUGUAGUGCAAAGCUAGCUAGCUACUCAACCAGCGAAGGGCAAAAAAUUCGGUUCUCAAGACAUGCAUUCUGCAUUAUACGGAACCUCGUAAAUACCAAUUGUCAGCUUGAUGAGUAGGAGCAACAUGCCGAUUAAUGCUGAUGCACAUUUACAAUAAUUAUUAGGAAAACCUUUGCAGUUGAUAUCUGUUUUACUCCCGUGUUUAUUGUGGUGAUUUUUUCUGGGAGUAUCUAUUGGUCGCUUUGCGUGUUACGAAUACCUAUUAAAAGUCAACACUUUUGUGGUGUUGUGGGUGUUCCACAUUUGUCAUCCUUUUCGCCAUUAUUGGCAUCUCCUCAAUGAUGCUAGUCUCGGUUGUUAGUUGGUAGCACUGCGAAGCACAUCGUAUAUGUGAGAAGAAUACACCACCCGAGACAAUGCUACACACGAUUUUGCUUUUGGGGGAGACUGCACGUAUGUAGGAAGAAAUACGAGAGAUAGUGUGCUGCCCUAGUUAGUCGUUAGUGAAAAGAAAACCUCCUCAGCCAAGGCUACGUCCUGUAGGUGUAGCAUGUACAGGAAACAGUGAAACCGAACAAGGCACGCACGCACACGCGCACAUACACACAUGAAACGAACAUACUACUAGGGUAUUGUGUAAUUAGCGGAGAAAACACACUCAGGAGAGCAACAUAAGUUAGAACAUCAAUUUCCGAUGGAACUUGUCAAGCAAAGAUUAAGUCUGUGAACGAGGAGAGCAAUAGCAAGUAGAUUGUAGAUUGUAAAACAUGUUGUAAGAACGUAUGUAGCAACAUAAUGAUAGGAUCAUAUCUUAACGCAGUAGUGUGAUAGUUUCUCGAAACGUACGCCUCUGUCGCACAUGACCAGCUAUAGCGAUCAAAUUGCUUGGUUGUAUGCCUUUGCUUUAACAGUCGGUCCGCAGCCAUUAGAAGAUCGUCGAUGUAUUUGUUUUCUGUUGUAUCGUAUGAUCUUUUCGCUUAAUGUCUUCCAUAGAAUCCAAGCAUAUUUGUAUCUUCCAAGAUGAUGGAAAUGGAGAAUUUAUCCUUAAUGCGGUGUUUAUUACUCCUACAAUCGCUUGUCGUUUGAAAUUAUGUUUUUAUUGUUUUAUAAAAACAGUGCGUGUGGGGCAAAAGAAACAAGAUCUCUUCUUUGGACACAUUACUUGGGUCUAGUGCUUGUGGAACAUCCAUUUUUAUUUUAUUUUUGGCCGCUGCAGCUAACUUUGUAGGCCUUCCUUUGUCUUGGCCUUCCUAGUCUAACGACUGGCUACAUGUGCGCACCUCAGCCGAGAUUUGAAAUCAAACCGAGUGUGUUGUACAAUCACUUGCCAAAUCAACCAAUUUCCCGAAAGAAUAAAAUAUCAUUGCCUAGCGGUUUUAGGAUCUUCUUUCCCGUCUGAGACCAUGAGGAAAUUUAUUAAAAACUUGUAAGUAACUGGUUGUAAGCUUUUUUUGUGUUUUGUGUGUAUUUUCUGAUGCAUCAACUCAGUUUUAUAUGCUGAGAUUUGCACGUGGACUGUGAUAUUCCAUUGGAAAUCUUCUAUUUUAUAUUACUUAGCCAAAAUCAACCAGGUAUAUCAAAGCUAUCAGAUUGUGUUGAAGAUAAUCAAUUGGAGUUUAAUGUCUUCACAUGUACAACUGCAGCGGCAAUCCUUUUCGUACGUCAAUCUUGACUGAGCUUGUUACCUGCAAUGAUCAAUUCUCCCCCGCACAUUAAUAUUUUAAUAAAUGACCUAGGACGCUUAAUUUGUUCGUCAUGUGUCAUCGGAAAAGGCAAUUACAAGAAUUACAACCAAGAAUAAAUGUGUAAAGCUGAUUUUCAUAAAUCAUUAACAAACAAUUGGCAAAAUGAUUAUUGUGAAUCAAUGAAAAUGAAAUAAUUUUCUCACAACUGCUAUGAAUGGGGUUAUGUUUUAAAAGGUCAUGAUGAAUGUAAAAAAAGUAUUUUUUUAAAUCGCAUAGGGUAAAUUCUGUUCUCUUAGCCAUCGCAAGUAUCAACAAGAAGAAUAUUUUCGAUCCAAACCUCCUGGAAGUAGAAUAACAAAUGGUGGAAUAACAUGCGCGCUGUAAAAAUGAAGCCGAAAAAAAAUGUAUGUAUAGUAAGAAAGUAGAGUCAAAUGAAGAAGAACGUUGAAGCAACGCACAUUCCUACACCAUUUGAAAGAGAAAAAAAAGCUGCUAGUGUUUAUUCAACAGCAAGGGAAACAUUUAAGGAGUGCAUGCAGGAAAUUGGACCCUAAUCAAAACUAGUUUUUAACUACAAAUGAAGAAAUGAUCACAAAGAAAAGCAAAACAAAAGCAGAGCAGCAUUACGAUAUAUGACCUUCAAAAUGAUGAGUAGGUUUUUAAAAGUGUCUCCCCCUUAUGCGUUACAUCCUCACCACUCCCGAUACUUUAUCAACCAUGUUCGUUCCCCUGCUAUGUAGAUUGUAUUUGCAAGCUAUUGUAACAAUCAUACUUAGACAUAAAAAAGCUACACUCAAUGUAAAGUAGCUUCAAAAUAGUAAAACAGGAGUAUGAACUACUUGAAAAAGCAUACAAAAAAAAGUAUGAAUAGUGGAAAGACAUAGCAAAGUAACAGACAGUGUAAUAAACAAUGAAAGAGUAAAAUUAACUGUUCUAAACAGAUGCCAGAGGCGGUAAACCAACUUUAAAACUAAUUCAUAAGAAAGCAUUGGUAUGAUAUCGUGCGUGCGAGAAUAGUGCAACAGAUAAAUAGAACAGAUAGGACGUUUUUAAAACAAUAGUUAUGUACGAUAAAUCAUACAUAAACGCGCGAGGGAGAAAACACGACAGUAUGCGACCUUACUAAUUGGGUGUAAAUUACGUGGGCUGUUCCUUCUAUUGAACGUACUGAUUUGUUUCGUUUUUCUCAUGGAGUCGAUAAAAAUCAGGAUUACUUCGAGCCCCUUUGCUUCCAUUUUCCAGAAAGACAGUUAUUUCAUUUUUGCCACAAAUCCCUAACAUCUGUCAACGAAUACAAACAGACUACUGUACUACUACUGCAUGGUUAGUAUACAAUCAAUCGCUCAACAAUUAGUAAGGUCCUUCUGUUCAUAAACACGGUUUGAAUGACAUAAAGAAACCAUUGUUCGUAGUGAGAACAAAAUGCUGAAAAGCAUAAAAAGAUUAAAAAUUAUACAAACAAACAAAGCAAAAUUAGAGACAUGUAGAAUACAAGCCAAGUCCUCUGUAAAGACAGAGCCACAUCAAUCGCGGAAAGAAGAAAUUCAAACACAGAGAACUGUUACUGCUAUUACUAAAAGACCUUCUACUAGCGCUCGGAGAGAGGUGAAAUGCAUGCGCUUUUGUUUAUAUGUGUGCUAUUACUCUUCUUAGUAUCUGUCGCCAAGGUAGCGAAAGCACAGUGGUACACUUUGAUAAGACGAAGGACAUGCUGGUUGAUUUCUCAUUGCGUUCUAGUGUUUGAUGCGUUAACAUCCAAGAUAAGAAGAUAAGAAUACAAGAUUGCACAGCUGCUGCAGUAAAAGUAGUUUAGGUGGUGAUACUGACGACGGACAGGGAUACAAUGAUAGUUUGUGUUAAGAAAUGGAAAUGUGGUUGCAGUGGAAAGAUGUACAGAACGAGGGGUGCGUUUGUUAUGAUUGUUGAAAGAAGAGAAAUGGACAUGCUCUAAAUGUUAGGAAAAACGAAGUUAUAUGGCACACAACACAAACAACUAAGCAACCACACAUACACACGCGGUGGAAAAAAAUGGGAAAGUGAAGCCAAUGAAAAGAAGUUGGUUGAGUUGCGCGCAAAUGUUUCGCAUCCUUAUUCUGUUAGUGUUAAAACUUGCUAUUUACGUUAAUGUUUUGUAAAAACCCAAGCUAUGAAUCGAAACACAACGCCACUUACACUGCACUGCAUAGUUUUACGCGUGUCUUAUGUGAGUGUGUGUGUUGUGUGUGUACGUUCACUGUGCCUGUUCCUCUCCAUGUGUGUGUGUUAGUUAAGGUUAAGUUUGUGACUUAUUACUAUUAUUGGCUUGCGCGAUUAAGAUGCGAUAAGCAACCUGGACAACGUAAAGGAUCCAAUAACCCUCACGUAUUCGCGUUAUUGUAUGAUGAGUUGUUCUACAUUUGAUUUAUUACGCGUGCGCAAAGGGAAUAGCGUAAAGUUCGAAAACGGUCAUAACAUGUUAUCCUCCGUUAAGCUUUCAUUAAUUCCGACCAUCAGGAUGGGAGGUAAACCAGUACGAAUGAUGGAUAUGUGCGUUGCUCUCUGCCACGAUAAUCAAAAUGAUUUCGAUCUGUUUCACACACGUUGAUAACAAACAAACAAAAAACAAAAUUGUAUCCCAGAGUUGCAGAUUUCAGUGAAAUUAUUUUUUCAAUUAAUGCAGAGCGCGUGGGUAGAUUUUUUUUUAGAAUGCAAAAAUACUUUUAUUCAUUACUAUGAGAGCUGUGUGGGGAUGAGAGCCGGUGCCGCCGCGCCUUCCUACUAUUAUUACGAUUAUGAGUUAGACGUUACAUUUACGAGAUGAGAUAAUUUGUAUAGACACAACCAAUCAAUAAUAAAAUGAAAACAAUACCUAUUAGUGAA